AUGAUGGCACCAGGCGGGAAGAAGGACAUCAAAGGCCAGUGUUGGACCGAUGAGGAGUCUGACGGGGAGAACGAACCAGAGCAGUUCCUGUACGGCAUCCAGGGGAGCUGCGCCGCUGACCUCUACCGCCAUCCUCAGCUUGAUGCAGACAUUGAGGCAGUCAAAGACAUCUACACUGACAGUGCUGUCUCCGUCAGGGAGUAUGGCAUCAUUGAUGACGUCGACAUCGAUCUUCAUAUUAAUAUCGGCUUCCUUGAUGAGGAGGUUGCGACAGCUUGGAAAGUAAUCAGAACAGAGCCCAUUAUUCUGAGACUUCGCUUUUCUCUUUCUCAGUACCUCGAUGGGCCCGAGCCAUCAGUUGAUGUGUUCCAGCCAUCCAAUAAAGAAGGAUUCAGCCUGGGCUUACAACUCAAAAAGAUCCUGAGCACAUUUACAUCCCAGCAGUGGAAGCAUCUAAGCAAUGAGUUCCUCAAGGCCCAGCAGGAGAAGAGACACAGCUGGUUCAAAGCUGGUGGAACCAUCAAGAAAUUUCGUGCCGGGCUAAGCAUCUUCUCUCCAAUCCCAAAGUCUCCAAGCUUCCCCUUGAUCCAAGACACUGUCCUGAAAGGGAAGCUGAGUGUGCCUGAACUUCGUGUGACUCGCCUCAUGAAUCGAUCAAUCUCAUGCACAAUGAAGAACCCCAAAGGGGAGCUCUUCAGCUACCCACCAAACAGCCAGACCGUUGCGGUACCGGCGGCCAGGGCCCCAGCACAGAUCACCACGAGGCAGCUGAUUGAAUUGUUUUUCUCAUCCCAGGCGGGCGGACACUGCAAAAACAUUCCCACACUGGAGUAUGGCUUUUUAGUGCAGAUAAUGAAGUACUCUGAGCAGAGGAUCCCCACCCUCAACGAGUACUGUGUGGUCUGUGAUGAGCAGCACGUCUUUCAGAAUGGAUCAAUGCUUAAGCCAGCUGUCUGUACGAGGGAGUUGUGUGUGUUCUCCUUCUACACACUGGGUGUAAUGUCAGGCGCUGCAGAGGAAGUGGCCACUGGUGCAGAGGUAGUAGAUCUCCUUGUGGCAAUGUGCCGAGCUGCACUCGAGUCUCCCCGCAAGAGCAUCAUCUUUGAGCCUUACCCUUCUGUUGUAGACCCCAAUGACCCCAAGACUUUGGCAUUUAACCCAAAGAAGAAGAAUUAUGAAAGGCUGCAAAAAGCACUGGACAGCGUCAUGUCCAUAAGGGAAAUGACCCAGGGGUCGUAUUUGGAAAUCAAGAAGCAGAUGGACAAACUGGACCCUUUGGCCCAUCCCUUGCUACAGUGGAUUAUUUCCAGUAAUAGAUCUCACAUUGUCAAGUUGCCUCUCAGUAGGCAACUGAAAUUCAUGCACACCUCCCAUCAGUUCCUGUUGCUCAGUAGCCCUCCAGCCAAGGAAGCUCGUUUCCGCACUGCCAAAAAGCUCUAUGGCAGCACCUUUGCCUUCCAUGGUUCCCAUAUAGAGAACUGGCACUCUGUUCUGAGAAAUGGACUAGUCAAUGCCUCUUAUACAAAACUGCAGCUGCACGGGGCAGCGUACGGAAAGGGCAUCUAUCUCAGCCCCAUCUCCAGCAUAUCGUUUGGAUACUCAGGAAUGGGGAAGGGACAACACCGCAUGCCCACCAAAGACGAGCUCGUGCAACGUUACAAUCGCAUGAAUACCAUACCACAGCAGAGUCGUCCAAUCCAAUCAAGAUUUCUUCAAAGUCGAAAUCUGAACUGCAUAGCACUUUGUGAAGUGAUCACAUCCAAGGAUCUGCAGAAGCACGGCAACAUUUGGGUGUGUCCUGUGUCGGACCACGUUUGUACUCGCUUCUUUUUUGUGUACGAGGACGGCCAAGUGGGAGAUGCCAACAUCAACACGCAGGAGCCUAAGGUGCAGAAGGAGAUCAUGCGUGUAAUCGGGACCUAG